GCCGGCUUCACUUCUGUGAGAUCUCUCAAACAGACGAAGACGCCAUGGUGUUGACCAACGUUGGAUGGACGGUCUAUAAGACAUGACCCAACAUCGCAAGCACAUAAGAGUACAGCUGUGAAUGAUAUUGGCACACUAUUCAUAAGACAACAGGAACAUUAUAACGAUAUUUAGACAACAGGACAGUCAGAGCAAGAGAUCAUGGAAGAAGCGUCGACAUCGGAGAAUGACGGGGUUCCGGAAUACGUUGUGAGCCAUUUGAGCACCAUCCUUGGAUCCGAAGUAGUAGAAUCUGCCAACUUUGUCGAGCUCAAGUCGGCGCAACAACGAGUAUGGAUUGUGGAUCAGGUCCAGAAGCCAUCCUCCAAAAUGGGUUCUGGCGAAUGGGAAAGAGCACUGCACGUGGGACGCAACAAGUUGGUCCUUCGAUUGUGGAAGGCAUCCUCUUGUUGGUGGAAUCUCAAUCGCUGUAAUCAAAACCAAGUCGCAGAAUUGGCAAGAUCCGAAGUGGCUGGAUAUCGAAUUGCCCACAGAGCACUCAGCAUCCACAUUCCUUUCGUGCUGUACUUUUCACACGACAACAACGCAAACGACAAGAGUGAAAAGGAUGAGCAUCCUUGGGCCAUCCUGUCCUAUGUGGGUCCGGAUUCCUUGCUCUUUCAUGAAAACUGGCAAAUGGAUACCACUUGGAUGGACGGCAUGGUCAAGACGCGCCUUGAAUUCGGAUUUGACGAGCCUCAUCCGAGGUGGGGCCGAGUUCCAGAGAACCAGUGUUGUGAUUAUACAUUGUCCAUCCUGAAUCAAGUCACGCUUCCUCUACACAAAUAUAUGCAACAACAUUGCACGGAACUGCAACAGGAUCUAGACGCGCUGAGAAAACCUGCAAGCAACCAUUCCGAUGGAACUGUUGUGGGAUUUACCUAUUCUUCCAUGAUGGCUCUAUAUCAACAAGAGCACGUCAAAAUGGUGCAAACCACGUCCGCUACUACUAAUACUGGAGAUCCCAACUUGCUAGCGGCCAUUGACGUACUUGGAAAAGCCAUUCAUCAGCUGAAAACCGAGAAACCCCGCCCAUUGCCCAUGGUGUUGUGUCACAUGGAUUGUCAACCACAAAACAUCAUCUUUGCACAACAGACCGAUACUACAAGAGCUAACAGCAACAAUCAUCCACGGAUAUCCUCCGUUUUGGAUUGGGAGGAAGCGGCUUUGGCAGACCCUCGUUUUGAAUUGCUCUUGUUGUGCCGAAAGGUAUGUGCCAACCGAACACAAGCCGAGCAAAUAUGGAAGGCCUACCAAACAGAGUCUUCUUCGUUCGAAUUGGGACCUUUGGCACCGUGGCUGGCCCUCGAGACGGUACAUUCCAUCACAUCCUUGCUCUUGCAAUCCAUGGAUCUGCUCGGAGGGGGGCGCACUCCGUGGGAAACCAAGCCAGACUUGUGGGGAAAGAUUCAGCGAGAGAUUAAACGACUGGUACUUGAGCAGGGUUGGGAUUUUUGUAAUGUGCCCGAGUUCCAGUAGAUACAUUAGUUGCUAAUGGGGAGCUCUGUAUGCUGCUGCAAAGUAGAUAGGCUAGGACCGUUCCUGUACUUCCAAUCCCA